CCGGGUAUAAAAGGAACGAUGGCCAUCCUGAAUUGCCUGCUCGCGAGGCAGCUUUGCUUCGAAGACGCUUCCUGUUCCGCCAUCUUGGAAAUCAUACCGCGCGUCUGUGGAUCCGAACUUGUGGCUUGCUCAACAGUGACCGUGACCAAAUGCCAGGCAGCCCUUCGUACUCUGCAAGCAUUCCCGUUCUUUAAACCGACCUGCCUCUGCCGGGAACCGAACGUUGACCCCGAAUGCAACUCGUUCCGCGACUUUCUGUUCGAUCAUCCCUGCGUGUUCGUCAUGAAGAAGGAAAAGGACCCGUACCCAGUUGAGACCCUGCCAACCUGCACGUAUGCCCUCAGCGUUUGCCACAACGAGAAAGCCUGCUCGGUGCUAUUCGAACGCUUCAAGAACUCUUGCAAGGCACGCGAAGGCGAAUGCCGUAUGGAAGACAGGGAAUCUUGCCGCGAAGCCUGGGCCGGACUCCGCCUGUCCCCACUCUUCGGCUGUAUCUGCCCCAACACACACAUGAAGAAACGCUGCGACCGUAUCUUCGCCGUAGUCAACCACAACCCCUGUGUCGUAAAGCUGAUGUCGGAUGGACGCACGGCGAAUCGGAACGCCACUGGGGUGUCAUCAUGGAUUGGCGGUAUGUCGAUAACGCAGGACGGCAACCUUAUCGCCCCGGACAAAAUAAUGACGCACGUACACCGAUACGCGAGUCCGCACUACAAACCCCACGGGCAUCACUAUCAUCGCUGGAAUCACGAACCGGGGGGGAGUGAAGACCCGUUAUAUGCGACCAAGACCGUCUACGGCCCCGGAUACAUUGAUGAGAAACAAAGGAUUGCCAAGGAAAACGGUAAAGCAGGUGACGACAAGGUGGCGCUUCAGUCCACGUGCCACACGGCGCUCGACACCUGCAUCAAGGACAAGGAGUGCGUGACGUCACUGACGCCCGUGCUGCAGAAGUGUCACUCAACCGACUGCGACCGCGAGGGAUGUAUGGCGGCAUUGCGAGGUUUUUAUAGGAAGCCCGGCGUGCCGUGGAACACUGAGAUCGCCUUCUGUCUUUGCAAGAAAACGGACAACAAAGAAGAUUCAUGCAUGAACGCACAAGAGAGGCUGCAUCCGGCCUGCGCCCAGCGACCCCCUGUCGGUUCACCCCUCCCCGCCUGCCACACCCUGGCGCACGCCUGCCGAGAAGAGCCUGAAUGCAGAAUCCGUCUGGAGAACUACGAGCAGUGGUGCGCUGUUGACGCAGUCACCCAAGGCUGUGCUGGGUCCCCUGCCUCAUGCCGCGCUGCUGUGGUGGCUGUACUGGGCACCCAGCUAAGAGCUGCCUGCGCUUGUAGGGGCACAGAUUUCGCUCAGCUGUACGAUUGCCUCGGCUGGCAGAGGCUUUUGUGGCUUAACCCUUGCGUUGUGGAAUCCCAAAGUGACUACCACGUGAAAACCUACGGCUCCUUGCUCAUGACUACUCCUUUCGACAACGGUAUCCGGUAUAUCACUGUCGCGCCAGAACCGCCCAUACAUCACCGCACCACCACCCAUCACCACCGUCACACCACUCAACAUGGCACUUCCCAAGUUGAUGUCAUGCAGGAAAACCGCGAAGAGCUAAGCCCAAUUACGACAAUGUCAGAACAAACGGUUGGACCGAAUGAAAUCGCGCAAAUAUCAGAGCCUGUGAUUGAAACGAGCACUGAAACAACAACUGUAGCGACAACGACCACUUCGACAACAACCAGCACAACAACAACGACGACGACGACCACGACAACAACACCGAGGCCGACAACAACUAUGGAACCAGCAAAGUAUUGUAUCGUGAAGAAGCCGGAGAGUGAUGACCAGGCGCAGUACAUCAAAAUGGGAGAAACGAGACGUCUUUACCGUUCGGCUGAAUUAGCCGAGUGCACUGACCUGUGUGUAUGUGAAGUGUCAUUGCAAGUGUCGUGCAAGGUGGCCUGUGUUCCCCGUGCUCCUUGCUCGUCUCGACUCGCACACUACUCGCACGCGGCGCCGGCCUACCAAGCCUACCGCGGGCGUUGCUACUGCUAUUCUGGCUCCUUCAUCUGCAUGAGGCCUAAUCCUGGAGAAUACAAGCUUCCGGAGGGCGUUUAUCUAUUGCUCGGCUUCAGCGCUGUAGACGAGGCACUUCUCAGACCUCACACGGGAUUGGGCGCAGAAGAUGCGGUCCGACUACUACAGCAGUACUUGCACGUCGUCCAUCAUGGAGAAAUGAAUUGCACCCUAACUCUCUUCAAUAUCAGCAAUGAAAAUGUCAUCAUAUCAGCAAGCGUUCCUCCAAAGGAACAAGAAGCGCUUAAGGAGGCAGGGGAAGCGUUGCUGGAUAAAGAAAAGGAGGCAUGUAUCGAUGUUCUCAAGGUUGUGAAGAGCCGAAUCAACUCACAACAUGAAGAUAUUUCUUCCCAUCUCCUUCUGUCUAUAUUUAAAAUUGCUGAAGUAGACGUCGUAUAUCCUACACCGCCCAGUUCCGCCAUCACUUCUAACAGACCCGACAUCAAAUUGUAUAUUAUAAUCUCCCUUAUUACCCUUAUCUAUUAUUUCAAAGAAUUUACCUCUUUGUUUCUAGUGACCGCCUCUUUUAAUAUAACUAUCGUCAAUUUUAUAUCGAAUUUAUCCGAUAUCGAUAGAUAUAACGUGGAACCUAAAUUAUCUUCAAAUUGGUUAGAGAUUGUUUUUUUCAAAAAGAGAUUUAUUGUAAAUGUUUUUCUAUCUAUUUUAAAAUGUUACGAAGAAUUUAUUGAAUAUUAUAAUGUAGUUGUUGUAAAUUAUAUUGAUAAUUCGCACAAUGCACUCGCUUUAGGUAACGCACAAACAACACAUAUCACAGAAGACAUAGACAUAAGUAAAUUAGGUAUAAAUAAAUUUAAGGAAACGAAACAUAUCAUAAAAGCUGUGAGUAUUACAAUAUAUACUAAUUUAAAAGAACUUGUUGCUAAUGCAAUUAUACCUAAAUAUUUUUCUAGAGAUGUGUAUUACGAAAUUGGAUGUACUAUUAUUAAUUCGGAGAAGCUUUAUGGUGAAUUCUGUUUUGAAAUCGCGUCCUCUUCUUAUGGGAUCGUUAAAUCCGUUAGCUUAGGACUGACUCUAGUAGUAGUAUGAAGACUGAGAUGAUAACUAAACAUAUCAUAGUUAAGUGUAUUUCGUUUUAUUUCCGACUUAGAACUGGUGCUUGUAGGUCGAUCUUAAAGGCUGGGUUUUGUAAAUAAGU